AUGGCGCGCUCCUCGCGGGGUGGCGGCAGCGGCAGCAGGCGCAGCAGGACGUACUGGAUGUGCAGCAGCGGUGGGUGGAACUGGGACUGGCGCACCACGUGCCUUGGCUGUGGGCACGCUGCCCCGCCAUGGGCGCUGGAAGCAGCAGCAGCCAAGGCCAAGCCCCAGGCUGAUAAGGACGGCUGGGUGGAUCAGCCGCGCGGGCGCCGUGCCCAGCGGCAGGCCCGCAGUGCUGCAACGUGCGCGGCCACCUCCAAGUCGCAGGCCUCGGCGUCGGGCGACAGUGGGACGCCCAGCGGCAGCGGCGCCACGGCGAUCGAGAGGCUGCAAGUGGCGGUCGAGCAGCUGGAGGCGCUGCAGGCAGAGCCGCCCGACGGGGUCGAUUGCUGCUUCACCGACGUCGUCGCCAGCCAGUUGAGGGCCAAGCGCGCCGAGCUGGCCGAGGGCCAGCGGGCUGCAGCGGAGCAGAAGGCGUCCUCCAUGCCGCUGCCGAUGCUGCUCCACAAGGAGCUGCAGAAGGCCCAGGAGGAGCUGGCGCAGCUCGACGCGGAGGUGGAGGAGGCCAGCCGUGCGCUCCACGUCCUCGAGGAGGAAGCCCGAGUGGAGGCCGCUGCGCAGCUGCGUCAGCGCGCGGCCGAGUGGGCAGGAGCCAGCCAGGUCCCAGGGCUCCUCAUGCAGCUGGACAAGCUGCCCGAGGCGUGGGGCCCCAGCAACUUCGAGGUGGCGUGGGCGGCCAUUCGCUCCCAGGUGGAGGCGGUGCGUGCGCAGCUCGCCGAAGCCCCUGCGGUCCCGAGGAGAGUACCCUGGGCGGAGUCGUGCCCCAUGGACGAGAUCAGCAGCGAGGGCGGCGACCUUGCAGGAGGCAGCGGGCCUUGGCAGCCGCAGUGCGCCGUUGAGCGCGGCCAGGCCGAACGUCGCGGCGACGCCCGCGGCGAGUUGCCGAAGGUCGCCCAGGCGUGCAAGCGGGAGCUGGCGGCCGAGGCUGAGGCGAGAGGCCACGGCAGUCGGGCGCGUAGCCACGCCAGAGGCGCUAAGCCUUGGCAGCAGGAGGGCGGCGGCGCCGAAGCGGCCCGCAUCGGCGGCAAGCGGCCCCUCGACCUCGGGAGUGCGCAGGCCCCACCAGCGCCAGGCCAAGCUGCGACGGCAGCUCAGGAUGUCCGCAGCGGGCUGGAGGAGCUCGGGAUCAACGGCAACGCAUUGAGGAGGGGCCUGGAGGUGAUCGAGGCCUCGGACUCUCGCAACGGGGCCCCGCCGCACCUUGUGAUGCUCCAGGAGACCCGCCUGGCUCCGCACAGCCUGGAGGAGGCCAGAGGAGCAGCGCGGCGCAUGGGAUAUACGGCGUUCCUCCACGCGUCGGCGCCCACGGACAAGGAGGGCCCGCUGGCGAACUCAGGCGGCGUCGCAGCCUUGGUUCGCAGCGACCUGCAGGCAGCUGUGAUAGCCUGGCAGGCCCCGAGCGACCUGAGGCAUUGCAUGAUUGGCCUCAACCUCGACAUCCUCGCCGCCUUCGGCGACACGGUGCUCCACCAGAGCCCGCGGUUCAUCUCCUUCGUGGGCCUGGCCACCGGGUCGUGCAGCACCAACGGGGCAGUUUUGGCGGGGUGUGCGUAUGCCACCACUGUGGCCAAGCUGCCUGUGUUGGCAGCCCUCCGCGCCGCCUCAGCGGGCGGCAGGCCACUGGUUGUCGCUCGCAACGUCGUCAGCGACAUCGCGCUGCAGACCGUAGGCACGGAGCAGCUGGUCGCCGCGCGGCUCGGCAGCGCUGGGCUGGAAGUGGCUCGCCGCGUCCGUGGUCAGACCUUUCCCCUCAGUGCUGCCAGGGCGACCUUCCUAGCUUCGAGGCCCAGCCUUGGACGCCAGCGCGGUGAGUGCGGGAAGUCGCAAGGCUGGACCUUCCGUAAGACGUUGCAGGCCGGGAACCUCGGCACGGACGCCGCCAACACGAGGAGAGGAGUACAUGAUGGCCGAGUCCGAGCUGCAGGAGCGCUUCGCCGAGCGCGCAGGCUGGGCUGCCUUCGAGCCGCUGGCGUGGAGGUGGACCCGAUCCACAAGGCUGGGCCCACGGCCAGCAUGGCGUGGGGUCGCACGGUCACGGGCAACGCGGACGGCGAGCUACACAGAUGGAGGCUUGCGGCCUGCCGCAGCGCAGGAGCGCUCCCCAUGGGCGCGGAGCGAUGGCUGCGCAUGCGCUGUGCCGAGCUCAGGAGGAGGCGUGACCUGGAUCCUGCAGCCCUCACGGCAGGCCACGCAGUCCAGAUGAUGGCGGGCCUGCUGCAGACAGGCGAGCUGCCGCCCAGGGUGAUGGAGCGCGGGCUGGAGGCGGCGGCGACCAGUCACGCAAGAGCUGACACGCCAUGGAAGCACUGCGCCUCCCCCUUCGACGCGGUGGUGCUGACCCGUGCGCGGAUCGACUGGCACUUCAAGCCCGAGCGGUGCAUGGUCACGGACAUCGGCGAUGAGCUCGGCCUCGUGCACCUCGGGUCUCGGGAGCUGGACUUGGAGGCUGGCCUUGGCGCUCGGCGUGCGUCUCUUCGCCAUGAGAUGCGGAAGCUCAGCCAUGACACCCACCUGCAGCGGCCACUGCACUGGGACGCCAUCGCCGAUGAUAAGCUCAACGGCAAGCUGUACCUCGGUGGCUCGGCGCUCGAGCCGCAGUUCGGCGCCUUGCGCUGUGCGGGCUGGGCCAUAGCGCAGUGCGAUGACGACGGUAACCUGGGGGCAGGGGUCUACGGCACCGUCUGGCGCGACCGCUGCCCGCAGCAGACGGCCAAGGACGGGCGUGCGUACGCCACCGCUCCCGGCAGGGCGAACGCCCACCUAUGGUGCAAGAUUCUGGCAGCCUUCGAGCCAGGCGCUUUCGAGGUGAAGAAGGUGCCAGCCCCCUGUUCGAGGCAGGCAGCGCUCGACGGGCUCCUGGCGGAGGCCCAGAGGCGCGGCAACGAGCACGCCGACCGCCUCGCCGAGAUGGGCGCCAAGACGCAUGCAGUGGACAGGCUGACGGUUGGCGUGCACCAUGCGCUCGCGGAGAUCGCGCAGGACACCCAAGAGCUCGUGGCAUGCUCCAAGUGCGGCGCCUACAUGACGCUGGGCGGCCGCUCAGGGGUUAGGCCUCGCCUCAAGGAGCGGUGCCCAGGAGAGGGCAUCCCUGCGCUGCGCUCACAGGGCCCAGUGCCUGAGCACGCGCAGGAGCGGUACCUGGAGUGGCCUGGCACUGCAGCGGAGCCAGCUGUAGACUCCUCGGCCACUGCGAGCAGUGCAGGCAGCGCCCCAGCGGCAGCUGCGGAGCCGCAAGCCUUCGGGGUCACCGAGGAGGAGUUCGCCGCCGCGGCCGGCGCUGCAGUCGACGCCCUGGAGGACCGCAGGGUGCGCCGCCGCAUGGCGCGCCGUGGCGGCCCGACCGUGAGUGAGUGA